AUGCGGGUGUGUUCAUCGAUCCUGACGGCCAUUGCACUGGCGACCUCCCUACCCGCUGCCUUGGGUUACACCGUCGCUCCAUCCAGAGGAACCCGGACGCGUUGCGUCACCGGCACCAUCACCAUCAAUGCCACCACGACCAAGAACAUCCGCUACAACUUCGACAUGCCAGAGAACCAAACGGUGAUCACCAACACAUUCCUGAAAUACAUCACUCCGGGUGGCGUCUUCCAACGCCGCGUCACAGUCGACGAGCAAGCUGUAGGUGGCACCUAUUCGAUCGGUGCGACGUUAUGCGUCCCAGCUGAAGGCACAUCACCGAUCGGUGUCCAAAUCGCCACACACGGCGUCGGCUUCGAUCGCAGCUACUGGGACUUUGCACCCGGCUAUUCCUACGUCGACACCGCAGCGCAAUACGGCUACGCGACCUUCUUCUACGACCGCCUGGGCGUAGGGACCUCCUCCAAGCCCGACGGCAUCCAGAUCGUGCAGGCGCCGCUCGAGACCGCCAUCCUGCACCAACUCGUCGGCCAGCUCCGCAGCGGCGGCUUCAACCGGCAACGGUUCAACAAAAUCGUCGGCGUCGGCCACUCCUUCGGCUCGAUCCUGACGCAGGCCGUCGCGGCCAGCCACCCGAACGACUUCGACGCCCUGGUGCUGACGGGCUUCGGGACCGACGGGAGCGGCGUGCCGGCCUUCCUCGCGAGCCAGAACUUCGAAAUCGCCUCGCAGAACCAACCCUUCCACUUCCGCGGCCUGUCCAACGCCUACGUGCUGGCCGGCAGCGCGACCUCGGUGCAGUACGGCUUCUUCCGCGCGCCGAACUACGACAACGUCAUCUUCGACGCCGCCGUCGCCGCCCGAUCGACCGCCACCCUGGGCGAGUUCUUCUCGCUGUUCGCCGUCACGGGCCCCGCGGCGAACUACACCAAGCCCGUCGCCGUCGUCAACGGCCAGAACGAUUUCCCCUUCUGUCAGAACAACUGCUCUGCGCCGGUGGACCAGGCCCAGCUGGUCUUCCCCCGGCUGUUCCCGGCUCUGCCCGUCGAGAAGCAGUUUGCCUAUCUCGCGCCGGGCACGGGGCAUGCGUUGAAUCUGCAUUAUACGGCGCAGAAUGCGUUUGUCAAGAUCCAGGAGUUUCUGAAGGGGAGGGUUUGA